AUGGCAGUGGUGUGGGUCCCGGAGGCCCAGCAGCAGGGCUGGCGAGAAGAGGAGGAAAAGGAAAUCGGGCAGCUGAAGAGGGCUGCGUUUGUCACACUACUGGAGAUGUGCAUUGUUCCUCUUUGUUUUACCAUCAGACUUUACUGGUGGUGAUCCCUGUCCAUGUGAGGAAUUCUCUUAGUUAUUACGUGUUACACCGCUUUCAGAUCAACCCACAAGCUUCUCUCGGGAAGAACACCACAGGAUUUGUUCUUUUCUCUUAUCCAUAGGUUGAUCUACAAAUGGUUCCUCUUGAUCUAUAAACUGAGUUGUGCAAUUGGAAUUGUGGGUGAUGUAGCCAUAAUAUUUAGCAUGCAUGGAUUUAAUUUAUUCUUUAGAAUCAAGCCUGAUGACUCCACAGAUUUUGGUGUGAUGCUGCUUUUUUACAGACUGUACUAUGGAGCGAUGGAAAGAGAAUUUGCAUACAUUUGUUCCGACUACAUAGCUUCCACCAUUGGUUUUUACAACAUCAGUGGCAUACCAACAAGAAAUUUUUCCAAUGACAUCUGCGCAGUCUGCAGGCAGAAUUUUUUUGUGCAUAUAAAUGAAGAAGGGAUCAUUGAAAAUACCUACCAGCUGUCCUGUAAUCAUGUGUUUCAUGAAUCCUGCAUCCAUGGUUGGUGCAUUACUGGCAAGAAACAGACUUCCCCAUACUUUGCUGAGACAGUUGAUUUGAAGAGAAUGCUGAGUAACCCAUAUAUCCUCUCCUUAACAAGUGUGCUUUUGAUUUGGAUUUUCUAA